AUGUAGUUCUUUGACAUUACAAAUAUAGAAAAGAGUGUUUAGAAUUAAAAAACAAAGAGCGUUUAGUUAGUUCCCAAAAGUCCAAAGAAAAAGAGUUAGUUAAACUAUAUGGAGAUGAAUAAUUUCAAAUUUGAUUGGAUAUGUUUAGAAGAAUAAGAAUUUGAAGUUAUGAGAGAAGAGAAUGAAAAAAUAUAUAAGAUUUCAAUUUAAGAAUAGUUUUUAUGGUUCUAAAAUGCUCAUACACAUUUUGCUUAUCCAUUAAAAAUAGAACAUGGGAGUGUAAUAUUUAUAUAAAUAUUUGAUAUAGUUUGUUGAAUCUUUAAAGAGACAUAAAAUAGAUGAAUAUAAAAGACAUAGUUUAUUAUGUUGGAUGGGCUAUGUAAUGGGUAGUUAUGAGAGUGCUUCAAAUGAAACCUAUUUUUUAGCAAUCUCAAUUUUGGAUAAAUUUUUAUAAUAAUCUCCUUUUAUAUUAACAAACUAAGAACUAUUAUCAAUAGGAAUUUGUUGUUUGAGUCUUGCCUCAAAACAUAAAGAUGUUUUUCCAUUAACAUCAUAAUAAUUAAUUUCAUUAAGUAGUGAUAAAAUGAAUGAAAUUUUAUUGACAAAAUGCUAAUUUACAAUUUUAAGCACACUUCAAUAUUAAGUGGAGGUUCCUAAUUACUUUUAAAUUUUUGAUUAUAUUAUGAGAGAUUUAGAAUAUCAGUAUUACAAAUAUAUUUCAUCAGAUAUAGUUACAAACUCACUAAUUAAUAUGAAAUUAAAGGCAAUAUACAAAUGUAGUUUAUUAUUAUUAAGAUUUGUCUCUCAAUAUUAUGAUUCUACUAUUUUCUCUUAAGGUGCAGUAUCUUAUGGAUCUAUCUUUUACACAAUAAAACGUAUGGAACUAUUAAAAUUUUCAAUUCCAAAAGAUUUAAUUAAAGUGCUCUAAUAAAUAUAAAUAGACUUAGAGAUUAAUAAUACAGAAAUUGUAUUAAAAUAUAUUUAUAGAUUAUGUCAAAAUGGAAUGUCUGAAAAAUAAUAAGAAUUCUUUCGACAAACCAUUUUUAAAUAUUGA